GGGCAUAGGGUGGGUGAAGGGAAAGUGUUUAUGCUUUGUCUCAUUUAUAAAAUGGGGAUAAUUGAAGCAUGCUUCAAAUGAGUAGGAGGAUGAAAGAAGCUAAAUUAUGACGAAAAUGUAAGAAAACGUCUAGUACGCUAAGAUUCUUAAGGGGAAUAAAAAUGCCUGUGGCUGGCUCCCUUGAUUAAGAGGAGCCCUCCAGAGGCUGUGAAACGGGCUGCUGGGAUUGACUCUCUGCAGCCACCGUCCCUAAACUGGGCUUCGCGUCUCCUAGCAACGAGCAGUGGUCGCACAGGACGAGUUAGCACUGAGUUGAUACCGUCAAGAAUCUCUUUAACUUGUACCUCAAAAAACCAGAAUGGAACUAUCGAUGUCCCCACUUCAGAUAUAUGUAGAAAAAACUCUGGCCAUUAUCAAACCAGAUAUUGUUGACAAAGAGGAGGAGAUACAAGAUAUUAUUAUCAGAUCUGGAUUCACCAUUGUUCAGAGAAGAAAACUACAGCUUAGCCCUGAGCAUUGUAGUAACUUUUAUGUGGAACAGUAUGGAAAAAUGUUUUUCCCCAACUUAACAGCUUAUAUGAGUUCUGGACCACUUGUUGCCAUGAUAUUAGCUAGACAUAAAGCCAUCUCUUACUGGAAAGAACUUUUGGGGCCAAGUAAUAGCUUAGUAGCUAAGGAGACACACCCAGACAGUCUAAGGGCAAUUUAUGGCACAGAUGACCUAAGGAAUGCACUUCAUGGGAGUUAUGAUUUUGCUGCAGCCGAAAGAGAAAUUCGAUUCAUGUUUCCUGAAGUGAUUGUUGAGCCUAUUCCAGUGGGACAAGCUGCGAAGGACUAUUUAAAUUUAUAUGUAACACCAACUCUGCUUAAAGGACUCACAGAGCUUUGUAAGCAAAAACCAGCAGAUCCUUGUAUUUGGCUAGCUGAUUGGCUGUUGAAAAAUAAUCCCAACAAACCUAAACUUUGUCACCAUCCAAUUGUAGAAGAAACUUAUUAAAAUAAAGUCCUCCAAAGAACAAAUCAUGAACGAUCUCAUUUUAAAGGCCUGCUUCUAGGCUUCUACUUAAAAAACAAAUAUGAUCUCACUCCUAUGUGGGAUAUAAUGAUCAACAUAAUUUGAUGAACAAGAAU